AUGCUCUCUGCUCUUCGUUCUAUCUGGCAUCGACAAAGUAUUAUGAACCCUCUCAUCGCCGUCGUGGGUGCCACAGGCACAGGCAAAUCAAAGCUUGCAGUGGAUUUAGCCUCUCGAUUCAAUGGUGAAAUCAUCAAUGGCGAUGCAAUGCAAAUGUAUCGCGGCCUGCCAAUUAUAACAAACCAAAUCCCAAUCGAAGAACGAAACGGCAUCCCCCACCACCUUCUCAGUUGUAUCGACCUCGACACCGAAGCAUGGCGCAUAGGGUUGUUCAAGCGAGAAGCCCUGCGCAUCAUCGAUGAGAUUCGCUCGCGUGGGAAGACCCCAAUUAUGGUCGGAGGUACACACUACUAUACUCAAGCGGUGCUGUUCAAAGACCAGCUUGUGGGCGAGGGAGUGGACGAUGAAGCAGAGCGUGAACAACUCACAGAGUUCAGCUCAAGUUCUAAGAAAUGGCCGAUCCUGGACUCAUCGCCAGAAGUACUUUUGGAGAAACUGCGCGAGGUAGAUCCUCUCAUGGCUGCACGAUGGCAUCCAAGGGAUGGGCGGAAAAUUCGGCGGUCUUUGGAAAUCUACUUUCAGACCGGGCGGCCGGCGUCAGAAAUCUAUAAAGAGCAAUUCUCCCAAAAGAGAAAGGCAAUGGACGAGGAGGAAGGAUUACUGCGGUUCGAAAAUACGUUGGUAUUUUGGGUACAUGCCGAUAAGGAGGUUCUCAACGCGCGCCUGGAUGCACGCGUGGACGACAUGGUCAAACAGGGCCUGUUGGCCGAGGCGCACAAGAUGUCCGAUUAUUUGCAGGAAAAAGCUGCGCAAGGGGUUGAAGUGGACCAAACACGGGGCGUCUGGGUGUCAAUCGGAUUCAAGGAACUAGCACCAUACUUCCAGGCUCUCCGGGAAGGGACAGCAAGCGAGAAAGAGAUCGAAGAUCUCAAAGUACAUUCUCUUGAAUUGAUCCGAAUUGCAACACGGCAGUACGGAACAUCACAGGUCAAAUGGAUUCGCAAUAAACUGUGGCGCGCACUCUCAGAAGCCGGGGAGACACGUCGUCUCUACCUUCUGGAUAGCUCCAAUGUCAGCGACUGGAACAAGUGCGUCACCGAGCCGUCUGAAAGCAUUGUACAGCAGAUGCUGAAGAACGAGCCGACUCCGGACCCCAAGUCGCUUUCUAAAUUGGCGGAGACGGAGUUUGGCGCGAAGGAGGCCCAGGCCAAAAAGCGUCUACAGACAGAUCCCAUUGGGAAGUGUUAUACCUGUGACGUUUGCCAGAAAACUAUGGCAACCGAGGACCAGUGGCAUAUUCAUCUGAACAGUCAUCAGCAUAAAAGGGGACUCAAGUCUGCGCUCAAGAGGACACAGCGCGAUGAAUAUUUCCGGAAGAAGGAACUGGAAGCGCAGAAAAGCCAGACUACUGAACCAGCUCCUGAGAUUGAAGCAACUCCUGGGCCUGAACCAACUCCUAGGUCAGAACCAGACUCAUCCAUUGGUACAGCAUCAAAUUAG